AUGAGUAAGAAAGCAAGAAAGAAAACAUAUCAAGAGCAAACAUAUGAAUCAGUUAUAGGUGUAGUGCCGACGAAGGAUGAGACGUAUCGAGGUUGUUAUCGUCGUUAUUCGGACAGAAAGAAAGAUGCUGAAAGAAAAGAACGUGAACGACUUUGGGCGAUCGGACGAGAUGUGAUUUUUAACGAUCCACUCCGACUGGAUCCUCCACGUUUGCCACGCGGUAUAUAUCCACCAGAUCACGGUGGUAUACCGUCCCGACCAGAUCCAGAUAUGCCCCAAGGACCUUUUUUUCCGCAACCAAGAAAUCCUUUCUUGCCACCUGAAAUUGAUCCUUUUCCCGCAGUGCCUCCCUUGCUACCGUCUGCGCAUCCACCCCGCAAUCCACUCGAUCCGUUCAGUGGUAGUGAGCUGCUGUCAAGCAGACCAAGACGACCGGGUGGUUUGCCGAGACGAUACGGUGACCCGGAUUCAUCA